UCACGCCACAAUCACAAACAGAAACACAGGAGAGAGAAAAAGAUCAGAUGGCAUCAUCCUCUUCCUUCCUUCUCCUUGCUGUUCUUCUUGCGUUGGUCUCAUGGCAGGCCACUGCCUCCGAUCCUAGCCCCCUCCAGGACUUUUGUGUCGCCGACAUGAAUUCACCAGUACGUGUCAAUGGGUUUGUUUGCAAGAACCCAAUGGAGGUCAACGCUGAUGACUUCUUCAAGGCAGCCGCCCUCGACAAGCCUAGGGUGACCAACAAGGUUGGAUCCAACGUCACUUUGAUCAACGUCAUGCAGAUUGCUGGACUCAACACCCUCGGCAUCUCAAUUGCGCGCAUCAACUAUGCUCCCUUGGGUCAAAACCCACCACAUACGCACCCUCGCGCCACUGAGAUCCUCACGGUGCUCGAGGGGACACUGUACGUUGGCUUUGUCACAUCCAACCAGCCCGCCCCAAACAGAAACAAGUUCCUC